CACCCACAGGAAGUGCUACUUUCAACACACGCGACCUUCGAGUCACUUCAAGUUACGCUUUCCAACAAGAACAAAACAUGGCGAAUAAAGAGCCCGGUGGUUUGCUAGGGCAGCUGAGGCAGAUGGCUAGCAGAAUGGGCUCUGGUCCAAGGGGUGCAGGUCUUGGGUUCAAGCUGCUUAUAGGAGCAGGAGCACUUGCCUAUGGAGUCAAGGAAGCCACAUACACAGUGGAAGGUGGUCAGAGGGCCAUCAUCUUCAACAGGAUUGGUGGGAUGCAGAUGGACACGGUACUCGCUGAGGGGCUCCACAUUAGGAUACCAUGGUUCCAGUACCCUGUCAUCUAUGACAUAAGGGCGAGACCAAGAAAGAUAUCGUCCCUAACCGGAAGCAAAGACCUGCAGAUGGUGAACAUCGCCCUGCGUGUGCUGUCCCGUCCUGUGGCCUCCAACCUGCCUGCCAUGUACCAGCAGCUCGGCAAGGAUUACGAUGAGAAGGUGCUGCCAUCCAUCGUCAAUGAGGUGCUGAAGAGUGUGGUGGCCAAGUUCAACGCCUCGCAGCUCAUCACACAGAGAGCUCAGGUGUCCCUGAUGAUUCGGCGGGAGCUCUUUGAACGGGCCAAGGACUUCAACAUCAUCCUGGACGAUGUGGCCAUCACCGAGCUGAGCUUCAGCAGGGAGUACACUGCCGCGGUAGAAGCAAAGCAAGUCGCCCAACAGGAGGCACAGAGGGCCUUCUUCUAUGUGGAGAAAGCCUUGCAGGACCAGAGGCAGAAGAUCAUCCAGGCUGAAGGAGAGGCAGAGGCUGCUAAAAUGUUGGGUGAGGCGGUGACAAAGAACCCUGGCUACCUGAAACUCCGGAAGAUCCGAGCAGCUCAGAACAUUGCCAAGACGGUGGCGACAUCGCAGAACAAGGUGUACCUGAGUGCAGAUAACCUAGUGUUGAACCUCCAGGACAACACAAGCAACAGCUUCAGCAAUUUAUCGUUGCCGAGGUAAAGGGAAGCGUCCCUGAAGAGUAUGCAUUCCGUAUCUUCAAUUUGAGCCAUCUCUACACACUAUACCUCUUCGCCACACAGUGGUUUUCAACACGGGUCCUGGAAGACCCCUAUGCGUACAGGUUUUUCUGUCAUUCACUUGAAUUAUGUUCAAUUUAUCUUUGAAAUGGCUUUCCACAUAUGUUAUCAUGUUACAGUUGCCUGGCUUUACCUCGUAUUUAAAUGUAAUGAUGUACGGAUGAAUAGAAACCGGAUUGUGCCGGGGUACUCAGACCAGCACAAAGGAGCACUUAUUUGUUUUUACAAAGUGUAUCUCCUUGUCACAGUGCCUAGCUCUUGGCCUGUAUUCACAGAGCCUCAGAGUUGGUGUGCUGAUAUACAGUAGCAUUAGUUUUAGAUUAUAUUUUUAGAUUAUAUAGAAAGAGAGCGCUGAUCUAAGAUCAGGUCCUCUUCUCCAAUAUGCUUUUUGGAUGUGGGCCCUGGUUUGAGUUAACAACUCCAUAGUGGCACGAAAUCAACUAACUACACAGCAGGUGCAACCCAGUGGUUUCUUACACUCCAAGUGUCAUCACCACCCUGCCUUUAUAUUAUUUAGUUAAAUUUAGAUGUGACAACAUCAUGCAUCGGAGAACCAUCCAGAGUCCUACUCUGACAUUGCUAGGAGACGGGCUCCUCCGUACUUUUACCAUAUUUGUGUUCUGUAACACUCAACAUAAGCAGUUUUUGUCCUGGAUAUACCUGUUGAAAGUGUCAUGCCGGAUCUUCACGAAGUGUCGUGAAUGAAUACCAAUGAAUCUUAAUGUCCUGUGUCACGAAACAAUGUUACACCAGUGUAAUACAUCUACUUGUAAUGCAAAUAUUUAUUUUCUUUGGUUCAUGUUCCACCCCCCUUCUCAUUUACAUGUUUUUUCUUCACUGCAUUUCAAACUAUUUGUUCAUCUUUGCUCGGGGGAAAAGGUCUUCAUUACUGUGGUUCGUAAUCCUAACUAGAGGCCGAAGCACUCACAUUGGGUUUGAAUAAAUACAUGUUUUUGGAUCACAA